GGCAGGUAAAAGUGCUGAGACAGAGGGGUUUGUUUUGUGUGUGUUUUGUUGGUGUUAGGUUCAAUUGAAUCUGAUGGAGUCACCGUUCAAGGCAGAUAUAUUGAAGGGGAAGGUGGCCCUGAUAACAGGAGGAGGAUCUGGAAUUGGGUUCGAGAUAUCAACACAGUUCGGUAAGCAUGGAGCCUCCAUCGCUAUCAUGGGUCGACGGAAGCAAGUGCUCGACUCUGCUGUGUCCACCCUUCAAUCUCUUGGGAUUAAGGCAGCUGGGUUUGAGGGCGAUGUCCGCAAACCAGAUGAUGCAAGAAGAGUGGUUGAAUCUACUUUCAAGCACUUUGGUCAGGUUGAUAUUCUUGUGAAUGCUGCUGCUGGAAAUUUUCUUGUGUCUGCUGAGGAUUUGUCCCCUAACGGAUUUAAAACAGUAAUGGAUAUUGAUUCUGUUGGCACAUUCACAAUGUGCCAUGAGGCACUUAAGUAUCUUAAAAAGGGAGCACCAGGAAGGGGCUCGACUAAUGGAGGGUUGAUUUUGAAUAUUAGUGCUACUUUACAUUAUACAGCUUCAUGGUAUCAAAUACACGUCUCUGCAGCAAAGGCAGCUGUUGAUGCCACCACUAGAAACUUGGCACUGGAAUGGGGAACAGACUAUGACAUUCGAGUCAAUGGGAUUGCCCCAGGCCCCAUUGGUGAUACUCCUGGCAUGAGUAAACUUGCACCUGAUGAGAUUGAGAGCAAAGCUCGAGACUACAUGCCACUGUAUAAACUAGGGGAGAGGUGGGAUAUUGCCAUGGCUGCACUCUACCUUGCUUCAGAUGCUGGGAAAUAUGUCAAUGGAACCACUCUUAUAGUUGAUGGGGGACUUUGGCUUAGCCGGCCUCGCCAUCUACCAAAAGAGGUUGUCAAACAGCUGUCUCGAGCAGUUGAAAAGAGGUCUAGAGAAAAACCAGUUGGAGUUCCAACCAGCAAACUCUAAACCUGCCUGAUGAUCACGGUUGAGCUCCUGCACCAGCUACAGCUGCAGCAAUUCUAUGUUUGAUGUUUGUAUACGUUUAACCAUGGAAUAAUUAAUUCUGUCUCAAAACACUAUCCAUCAUGACUUCCAUCUAUAUUGCACAAAAUGCAAGUUAUCUUAUUAAAAUAAUUCUACAGAGUAAAACGUCCUGUUUGUUCUUUGUUUCAA